AUGGCUACCGACAUUAAGGCGCCGCUGCUGGUACACACGGAGGAUCUAGAGGGUAGUGGUACAUCUUCGGACUCCGCCAGAUCCUACUAUGGCGGUGUGAAAAUCGCGGAGGAUGUCAUUUCGCCAGUGCUUGCCAACGAGGUCCCGCAAGGUCGACAUUUGGGCUUAUUUUCUACUGUAGUCAUGUUCGUUUCGCGGAUUGUAGGGUCGGGCAUAUUCGCCACGCCCAGCACCAUGUUCGUGAACUGUGGCGGCAAUGCACUGUUGUUUGUGACAGUGUGGAUAGUCGCGAUGCUAGCGGCGUUUUCCGGGUUAUAUUUGUACUUAGAGUUCGGGUGCCUUUUGCCACGAUCAGGAGGACCGAAGAACUUCCUAGAGGCUGUCUAUGACCGCCCUAGGAUGAUGAUGAGCGUGGCGUUUGCAUCCUUUAGCGUUCUAACUGGCUUUACAGUAUCUGGCGCAAUUGUGUUUGGGAAAUAUACGCUCUACGCGCUGGGAUUCGACCGGAAAUAUGUCAACGAGGACUCUGCAAUGUGCAACUAUAUUGGUGCAGCUGCGGUGAUGCUCAUUGUGGUGAUCCACGGCUCUUCAGUCAAGCAUGGGAUCAUUGUACAAAAUAUUCUAGGAGGUAUGAAGUUCCUGUUGAUUGCAGUCAUGUCUGUUACGGGGAUCUACGCAGUGUUUUUCUUCGACACGCGUGCUGAUGACCAAAACCCUGCCUAUUACGUGAAGUCGCACUUUUGGGAAUCUCGCGACAGUUCUCUAAUCACUGCCUCGUCGCUUACAGCUUCAUUCAUGCAGGCGUUUUUUUGUUUCUCCGGCUGGGACGGAGUGCACUCUGUUGUAUCAGAGGUUAAAGACCCUGUCCGCACCAUGAGAAUUGCAGGUCCAUUUUCAUUGUUAAUUGCAUUUGGCUGUUACAUGCUUUUGAACUUUGCGUACUUAUUUGUUUUAUCUUGGGAGGAGAUUCAGGGAGCUGGCCCGCUCAUAGGCUCGAUACUUUUCUCCAAACUAUAUGGUCCUACGCUCGGCGGUAAAUUUGUGACGCUAUGUGUGGCGGUAUCUACUGCUUCCAAUCUAUUCGUCGUCAUAUAUGGCACCUCUCGGAUGAACCAGGAGUUUUUCAGGGAAGGAUAUUUACCCUUCAGUAAGCAGAUGGCCAGUAACUGGCCAUGGGGUUCUCCUCUACCAUCGCUGUUGUGUUGCGGGUUAAUUACUGUCGCGUGGCUAUGCUUUCUACCCCCAAGCGGCGCAGCAUAUGACUAUUUGGUUAACUUUGAGGGUUAUUCGAAACAGUUCUUCUUAAUGUUGAUUGCAAUCGGACUUUUUAUAUACAGGCACAGACAUCCAGAUAUUGUCGCAGAGAUUAGGGCGUCUAUGAUCGGCGUGGCAUUUUUAGCGGUAAUAUCGGUAUACUUAAUGGUUGGCCCUUUCUUUGGUGACCAAUCAGGAAACGUUGUAGGUUGGCUACCACCAUAUCAAAUCACCACGCUUUUAAUGUUCCUCGUAUGUUUCCUUUAUUGGCUACUAAAGUUCGUUCUCCUACCGCGACUAUUAGGCUAUAGGCUACAGGCUUUGAUAGUAACCUUAUCUGAUGGCCUAGAGAUUAAAAGGUGGAGAAGACGAUAUUCUAAACAGGCCUCUAUAUAA